AAGUAUUUGCCAACUCUCAAUCGCAAUUCAAUCGGCAAUCGCUAGUGUGAUUUGGCCUUUAGACUUACUACACCUAUUGUAGAUCCGAACUAAUCGAAAAGUCAGGCGUUCUUCUAUUUUUCGCAUAGAAUGAUUCAACAAUAUUUCCAAUAAGAGUGCGAUCCAGUAGAUGCUGCAACCUCUUUGAAAUGCCCAAAGAAAAGCCAUGAUUGGUCUAUACGACGCUUCGAAGUAUUUGCAGCGUCUAAUAGAUCGCACCCUAAAUCACAGAUAAAUCCUGGAAAGGGAAAGAGAAGUCACUUGUGAAGUGCACUUUUUACACGUUUUUUUGUAGUAGCUUUGUUCUCAAACACUACAGAUCUAUGUUUGCUCUUUAGAGGAAGGAAGAGAAAAUAGGACAUAGUGUAAAGAGUGCAACCGGCGAAUGCAUUUCACACAAUUCCAGCGGGAAUAGGUGAGCUACCCUCUUCUUUGUUUAUGCGUGUAACGGAAAAACGAUAGGUAGCGAAAGUCGACUUUUUGAACUGUUACGCGUCAUCGAAGCUCCUCUUUGAAUCUGCAGUAAUUCAUAUAACAUCCAUAACGUUGUGAUCUAAUGGUGUCAACAAUCAUAAUUUGAUCUCGAAGUUCGAUUCCAAUUUUUCCCGUAACAAUACGUAAAAACACUUCACCGAUACGUGAUAACUACUCGCGUUAGCUGAAGUAUAUGCAAUACGAUAGAUAUAGUAUGAUAAAGUGUUCAGGAUAACUGUUGGUAAACUAUUGAUAAAACCGUAUUCUCCAAAAUACCUGUUAACCGUUUUGAGUUGAUACCCGAUCGAAAGCGAUUAUGCCUCGCCAGAAAAGAAUGGCUAGCGAAGAUGCGCCGGUGAAUCCUCGCACGAAAAGAUUAAAACGAGCGGAUGCAGAUUCGCCGAAGUUAAACGACGAGGCUCCAGCAGAUCUGGAUGCUGAACGGAAUGCAGAAGAGAAUGGAGACACAGUUGCACAUACAAUCUCGGAGUCCAUCGCCGAGAAACUUUUGUCGAUUGAGAAACAGCUCAGCGCCGAGGUGCAACGUAUCACCUUUCAAUCGGUGGUGCGAUACAUUUACAAUCCGCUCGAGUACGCGUUUGACCCGCACGCCAUGUAUGUACGUAAAUAUUGCAACGGCCCAAAGAAGGUCAUCUUCCUCGGGAUAAAUCCCGGGCCUUGGGGCAUGUCGCAAACCGGCGUGCCGUUUGGAGAAGUUACCAUGGUGCGCGACUGGCUUAAGAUUUCUGGCUCUGUCGGCACUCCACCGAAAGAACAUCCCGAUCGGAAGAUCACAGGAUUCCAAUGUAGGCGUAGCGAGCCCAGUGGACGAAGACUGUGGGGUCUCUUUAAGAAACUGUGCGGCAGUCCUGAGAACUUCUUUCAAAACGCAUAUGUGCACAAUUAUUGCCCCCUUGCAUUCUUAAAUGACAGAGCCUGCAACGUCACGCCGGCAGAAUUAAAGGGUGAGGGAAUACAGCUUUUGCACAGGAUAUGCGACAAGGCCUUGGUGGACGUUGUGAGGCUCUUGAAUGCGGAGUUUAUCGUUGGCAUUGGCAAGUAUGCUGAAACAAGGGCACAGUUAGCUCUCAAAACAAGGAAUCUUAAUGUUAAGGUGAUGUACUUGCCACAUCCCAGCCCAAGAGCUGCAGGCAACACAAACUGGGAUGAGAAAGCUAUGCAACAGUUGAACGAGUUGAAAUUGGAGAAGUUUUUCGAAACUGUGAAUAUUUAAAACGUGCGCAGUGUGUAAUUGCAAAGUGUGUUCAAGAUGCGCACGAUAUACGACGACCACUUAAAGACAUACAUUUUCAAAAUUGGUAUUUAUUUCCUUACGACGAUACCUCUGUAAUUUUUUUUUUUACAAGGAUCAACAUACUUUUUCGUGAAGUGAGACGUCAGAAGUCUCGUAUGAUUGUUUUUCACGAGUUCGUAAUUCGUUAAAUCGCGAAUUAGCACUCUGUAACACGGAAAAAAAUAAAUUAAGUUACAUCAUCA